AACCAGAGGGGUAUUAUUUUGUGCACUAGAUCUUGUGCCCUAGAUCGGACGGUCAGGGAACGAAAUAAAACCCCCAAGCACUCCCACCUCAACAGACCUCAAGCAGCGAGGAGAGUCCUUGAUCCAUCUCCUCCCGCGAACGCCGCAGCUCUUUUACUCUCACCAAAAUGCCGUUCAAGCGUUACGUGGAGAUCGGGAGGGUCGCUCUCGUCAACUAUGGGAAGGACUAUGGCAGGCUUGUCGUUAUCGUCGACGUUAUCGAUCAGAAUCGAGCUCUAGUUGAUGCCCCUGACAUGGUGCGAGGACAAAUGAAUUUCAAGAGGCUUUCCUUGACUGAUAUAAAGAUUGACAUUCCGAGACUUCCUAAAAAGAAGUCCCUAAUUGCUGCCAUGGAAGCUACUGAUGUGAAGAACAAAUGGGAGAACAGCUCAUGGGGAAGGAAGCUCAUUGUGCAGAAGAGGAGAGCUUCACUAAAUGACUUUGACAGGUUCAAGGUCAUGCUUGCAAGGAUCAAGAGGGGAGGUGCUAUCCAGCAAGAGCUUGCGAAACUUAAGAAGCAGAAUGCAUCUUGAGCUCCUUAUUGACAGCAAUUUUUUCCAAGUCUCUUUGGAAUGCACCAAUUAUUUUUUGUUCUGUCAUUAGGCAGUCCUGUUUGGCUGAUUUUUAAGAUGAAUUUUGAAUAGAGAGGUCUUGCCGAGAGUUUUAUGGAACAAGAUUAUUUAUUCGAAGUUUUUAUGGCUUCCCAUGCAAAAUUUUGCAAUUUAUUUCUCUAACAUGUGGCUUCUUAUUUGCA